UUGGAGUUUAGGAUCACUGGCUUGUGUCCCUGCCCGGGAAAAAAAGUUGGAUGCAGCAGACCUCGUGCUAAGCAGGGGAUCGUCACCCUUCUGCCCUCACUCGGAUGGAAAUUCUCCCUUUGACUCCCCUUGACAUCCCUGUUUCACCCAUUGCGCCCCAUAGAGAAACCACCCGGAACGAUUUUAUUCUUUCUGAACAUGCAUUGCCCUCUGCACCAGACGAAUUCGAGGGGGAGGCAAUCUUUGAUUCCCUGCCUCCCCUCUUCAGAGGACACCCAGAAAUUCAUCUUCGGAAUGGCGUAAUGAAUGCCUCCCGCAGAGCAGCUGCGAAUGUGCUCGACGCUGAAAAGGCUUUUUUUGUGGCGGAUCUUACCCAGGUAUACCUCCAACAUCAGAGGUGGUUGCGUUGCCUCCCGGAUAUCGAACCUCACUACGCCGUAAAAUGUAACCCGGACCCCUACGUCCUAAGGCUCCUGGCCUCUUUCGGUGCCGGAUUCGAUUGUGCUUCCAAUGGAGAGAUGUCCCAAGUCCUCCGUAUUGGGGGCGUCGACCCCGACAGAAUCAUUUUUGCCAAUCCCUGCAAGGCUACCUCUUUCAUUCGUGGUGCCGCAACAGCAGGGGUCGAUAAAAUGACCUUCGAUAACCCCGAUGAACUUUACAAGAUUGCGCGCACACAUCCCACAGCCAAACUCAUCAUCCGCAUUCUCGCGGAUGACUCCAAGAGCAUCUGUCGCUUCGGCAUUAAAUUUGGCGCUUCAUUAGAUGUUGUUUUUGACCUCUUGCUCAAGGCAAGGGAGCUCCACCUCGACGUCAUUGGAGUUAGCUUCCAUGUAGGGAGCGGUUGCUAUGAUCCCACCAUAUACGAGGAUGCUAUCAGCCGGGCUCGCCAAGCGUUCGACAUGGGUGGGCGUGCGGGGUACCGCUUUUCCGUUCUCGACAUCGGCGGUGGCUUUGAAGACGCACGAUUUGAGGCUGCUGCUGCCGUUAUCAAUCACGCAAUCGACAAGUACUUCCCUGAUCGGAGUGGAAUCAGGCUCAUCGCGGAACCUGGUCGGUUCUAUGUCUCUAGAGCCUUUUCCCUUGCUGCGAACAUCAUCGCACGCAGGGCACCAAUCUCGCGCGACAGUGAGAGGGGGGUUGAUCUCGUCACAGGAAAUGAGGAAGAAUCCGCGCUGAUGUAUUACAUCAACGAGGGCGUCUAUGGUGCGUUUAACUGCAUCAUGUUUGACCACCAGACGGUCGAGCCCUACGUUCUGUCAAUGAACGGUUCGUUCCAUGUGUCUGCUUCGGAACCAGUGUCGGCCAGCAGCGUUUGGGGACCGACGUGCGAUUCCAUCGAUUGCGUAUGCAAGCGUGUUGAAUUACCCCGUGCGCUGCAGGUCGGCGACUGGCUAGGAUUCAAUAACAUGGGUGCAUAUACAAUUUGUGCUGCGAGCCGAUUCAACGGGUUUCAGCUCAGCGACGUUAUCUACACUACUAGCAAGGGAGGGGAAGAGGCAAGGAGUGCUUUGCGUAGCUUUGCGGCGGAAGACCACGGCCAUAGUCUUUAGACAGUCCUACAGUAGAGUUCGAGACGAGCACUAACAAAGUCUGUUUACGGUUACUAAUCAAUCAGACAAACCGCAAGCUUUUCAUUUUU